AUCGACACAACUGAGAAGGACACAAGGUAACACGAGUAAAAGACUGUUACUUUUUCUGUCAUAUGGUCGACACUUUCGGGACCAGUAGUUUGCUGUCGCAAUUCGGAUAUUCUGUUAAGCUAUGAUUUCUCAUCCUAUCUACUCCGAGAGAUGGAUAAUGAUAAUCAGGAUGCCAAGUACUCCAAAGGAUGUUCUCCAACCACACUAAACAAAACAAGACGGAAGUCAAUUUCCAUUAGAGAAUAUGUCUACGAUGUGGAGGACGAAUUAUGCAGUUGCAUAUCUUUCAAGGAAGUCUCAGAAAUAUCAGGUGCCAAAGUGCAUAUUAAAUCAUCUGUAAGGGGAAAGACAACUGUAGGAAUUCGAGGAACUCGUGGGCAAAUUCAAGCAGCUCUUCAAAUAAUCACCACUUCGACAGGGGAGAAGGAAAAAGAACUGGAAAAAGCACAAGCACAUUGGCUUGACUGGGUUCAACAAGCGUUUCCAGAUCUUGAACAACGCGCUUAUUUCCUUCCUCCUGUUUACAUCACUCGAGUGUCAAUCUCCAAGAAAACUAUUGCAGGUCAGAGUGUGGUCAGACUGAGAACAGAAGAUGAACAGGGUAAUAACAUGAAGGAAUCCGUGGCGACAUCAUCAGCUAGACCACUACAUCCAAGUUCUAAUAUACCUUCUGUACAGAAGAGUGAUGUGAUAUACGGUAAAGCCUUGCAGUGUGUACUUUACAGUUUAAGGAGGUUGUCUAAGGAACAUAACGAAGUCUUCAUGUGUCUGAGUCAGUUUCCUUUUGGUUCCUAUCUUGGUGAACCGCGCUUCGCUCCAGCAGUCGCUCAUCUUCCUGUAUCCAGCAACCUGUCCUCAGCCUGGCAAUGGAAGUGGAGGCAAGGGGACUUUGACAUCCUCCUUAUUCACAAGGACUACGGUUGUAUUAUAUUAAAAAUAAAAGCAGUAAGUGAAACACACGAAGAACAGCAAACUGAACGGGUGGCCAAGGUUUUGAAAGAAGCUACAGCACAGUUAGAGAAAGAAGAAGUUAUGCUGUCACACCUGUUGUCAGACAUCGCUUCUGAUGUACGCAUCACUACGACCAUAGCCUGCCCAAACCUCACUGCUCAGCAGAUAGAAAAUGUCCUUUCAGCCAAUCAGAAACUUAGACAGGUUAGAACAUUUUUGUGA